AUGUGUGCAUCUAUUUUUUUCAAUGGAAGUUAUAGAGUAUACUCUUUAUAUUUUGAACUUUUAUAUUUUGGUGCAUUACAACAAUUAAUGCUAUCAUUUAUCAUGGAUGCCGUUAUUUUGAAUAUGCUUGGAUUUUUUUUAUCAAUAUUUACAAGUAUAAUAGCAAUAAUGUCGUGUCUACUUAUUCUUUUACAACGACGAUAUCGACAAAAUCUUGAAUUCUUUAUCUAUGCUACAACAUGCUUUGCUAUUUCUCUACUUUCAUUAUCGUUAUUUUCGUUGACUAUACGAACACUAAAACUUGAUUUUAGUAUUGGAUAUAAUAGUGAUUCAGUAAUAUGUCGAUUACAAGCAUAUUUUGUUUGUGUUACUGCUUCAGCAAGUUUUAAUGGUUAUUGUCUUCAAGCUGCUUCAAGAUUAAUUCAUAUUGUGUAUCGUCAACAUGUUUGGCUUCGAACAUUCAAAUUUCAUUUAUUGGCUGUUAUCUUUAGUUGGCUAUUAGCUUGUCUUCUCAUGUGUCCAUAUCUUAUUAUUGAAAAUUUCUUAGUCUAUCUUCCAAACGAAAAUUAUUGUUUAAUAGCUUUUACAAAUCUACCAGGCAUGAUUUACAUAUUUUUAUCGACAUUUAUUAUUCAAUUCGGAUUUGUUACUCUAGUUUAUUUUCGUCUUGUUGUUUUUCUUCAUCAUUCAAAUGUACAGAAUGCUAAUCGAGAAAUUGCAGUAGUCAAGAGUAUAUUUUAUACUGUUCUAACUAUGAGCAGUAUAGGCAUGCUAAAUGCUAUCGUUUGGGCAGUAUAUUUCUUUACAAAUUAUUUUCAUUCAAUGUCUUAUCGUCUGCAACUAUUGUCGUACUCAAUAAGUACACUUUUAAUGAAUGUAGUAAUGAUUGUUACCAAUCCUCGUUUACGAAGCUUAGUAUUUAUACGAAAACGAACUGUUAGACCUCUACGCUAA